UCCUCUCCUGCCGUACGUGCCGGGCCGCCAGCGCCGAGCCUGCCUGCGGGCCCGCCUCCUAACCAAGAGGCGUGUGGGUACGGCGGCACGACCCCACGCUUUGCUUCGUCUUACCUCGGCUGCUGCUUCUCCCGCCGCCGGGCUGUCUCCGGAGAAGAUGGCAGCAGAGGAGGCUGCGGAGGCCUCGCUGGCGCGGCUGUCCGCCGAGCAGACGCAGCCGCGGCGAGAAGACCACGGUGACGAUGAGAACCCCGAAAGCGGCGGCGGCGGCGAGACCGCAGCGCUCAAUGGCAUCGUUGUCUCCGGAGAAACGGAAAGGAACAACCUGGAUGUGAAAGUUCCUAAGUCAGAAUUGGAAACUGAGGAAAAAGGAACAGAGGAAGAAUCCACGAGGGAAUCCGAUAGCAGCAUUUUGGAUGUAUCUUCUGAUUAUCCAAGAGAGAAACAUAUUUCAAUUCAAAGGCAUCUUGCUGAUCUAGAGAAACUAGCUGACCUGAAAGAAGAUGAAAGGAAGCCUUGUCCAUUGUGUCCUGAGGAGAAAUUCAAAGCUUGCUUUAGUCAUAAGCUCCAUCGUCACCUCCAGAAUUUGCACUGGAAAGUUUCUGUUGAAUUUGAAGGAUACAGAAUGUGCAUCUGUCACUUACCUUGUCGUCCAGUAAAACCAAGCCUUGUUGGAGACCAGGCAUUUUCAAAGAUGGGAGCCCAUUACCAUUGCAUCAUCUGUUCAGCAACUAUCACACGAAGAACUGACAUGAUAGGUCAUGUUAACCGCCAUGUGAAUAAAGGAGAGACUGAAUCAAGGUUUAUUACAGUUCCUGCUUCCAAGUCUUCUCAUCGAGUGCUGAAAGAGUCAGCCACAGAGGUGCAAGUUCUUCCCAACUACUCCACACCCCAGAAAACAGAUUCCUAUUUUAAUCCUAAAAUGAAACUCAACAGGCAGUUGAUAUUCUGUGCACUGGCUGUUCUAGCAGGGGAGCGUAAACCAAUAGAGUGUUUGGAUGCUUUUGGUGCUACUGGUAUAAUGGGAUUGCAGUGGGCAAAGCAUCUCAGAAGUUCUGUGAAAGUUACGAUUAAUGAUUGUAAUGAAAAGUCUGUGACCAUGAUUCAGGAAAACUGCCAUUUAAACAAAAUGAAGGUGAAAGUGAACACUAAGGAAGAAGACAAUGAUGAAGCUGUGGGAGAUGGAGAGGAAAAUACUGACACCAUUGAGGUGACAAAAAUGGAUGCCAAUGUUAUCAUGCAUUUGAGGUCAUUUGAUUUUAUCCAUCUGGACCCCUUUGGAACUUCUGUGAAUUAUCUGGAUUCUGCCUUUAGAAACGUGAGAAAUCUUGGAAUUGUGUCACUGACCUCCACAGACAUCAGUUCUCUGUAUGCAAAGGCUCAGCACGUUGCCCUACGUCAUUAUGGCUGCAAUAUUGUCAGAACAGAGUACUACAAGGAGCUGGCAGCCAGAAUAGUAAUUGCUGCUGUUGCAAGAGCUGCAGCUCGCUGUAACAAAGGCAUUGAAGUUUUGCUCACAGUAGCUCUAGAACAUUUUGUUCUAGUAGUGGUCAGAGUUUUAAGGGGACCAUCUCCUGCGGAUGAUUCAGCAAAGAAAAUAAGAUAUCUCAUCCAUUGCCAGUGGUGUGAAGAGAGAAUCUUUCAGAAAGAGGGUAAUAUGGUAGAAGAAAACCCUUACCAGCAGCUGCCUUGUGAUUGCCAUGGCAGCAUGCCGGGCAAGACGGCCGUAGUUCUGGGGCCUCUCUGGUCAGGAGCCCUCUUUAACACUGGAUUCCUCAGAAGAAUGCUGCUUGAGGCAGUCCAGUAUGGUUUGGAUGAAGCUCAGCCACUUCUGAAGACGUUAGUUUGUGAAGCUGAGUGCACACCUUUAAAACAUGCUUCUACCCCUAGUCCUUACGAUGAGAACAAACAAGAAGAGUGUGGCGUAUAUAUCAAAACACCAAAUACUUCUGCAGAAUCCUACUUAGUGCAUGGAAAAAGAAAAGGUGAGGAACUGAUGCGAAAUGCAGCCAAGCGCCAGAAGUCUGAGGGCAGCUCCGAGCACCCUGCCUUUUACUACAACAUCCACAGACACAGUAUUAAAGGAAUGAACAUGCCAAAGUUAAAUAAGUUCUUGAGCUAUCUCUCCGAAGCUGGGUACCGAGUGAGCCGGACUCACUUUGAUCCCAUGGGCGUGCGCACAAACGCGCCCUUGGCCCAGUUUAAGACUGUUCUGAUGAAGUACAGCACCCCCACGUACACGGGGGCGCAGGCUGAAGGCCCUCUCCAUCUAACUGGAGAGGCCCAGGCAGGAGAGGAGGUUCAAGCUGCUGCAGAAGAUGCCAAGUUUCUAGAAGAGGAUAAAUACGGAGUGGCUGCUGCCAUGUCAGCAGCGCAGCACCCUGCACACUGUGCAGCUGAGUAAUGCAUGUCGCUUUGCUCACACGUGAGCCUGGCAGACACUUGCCAGCAGCCCCUGUUCCAGGAAGCCAGUACUUCUCACCAAACUGGAUUUUGAAAAUAGUUGCCCACUCUUUUAAUUUGAAAAGCUGUUAGAAUGAUGUAGCAGAGCUCAGCCCUGCCCACAGCAUCCAGGGCCAAAGCACUGUUGCUGUGAGAAGGUCUCUGAGACAGUUCCUUACUUUUAUGCUGAUGUCCACACUGACACUGGGCCUGCUCCUGGCUCUUUGUUAAAGCCUUAUUGCUAGCACAGAGUCCAGACAGGGGGAUGGGGCCAAAAGUCUUGAGCAUUUCUGAACAUGAGGUUAAUGUGAAAUGGAAUAUUCCCAAAAAAACCUGACUGGUAACAGUUCAGAGGGAGGUGGUGUGAAGAUGAUAAAAUACUGUAGGAUAAAAUACAAUCUGGGUCUAAGCAAGCCAGAGAGCCCUAACUGGGUGCAGUUGGAACUCCAGCCUGCACCUGUGCUUUGGCAUUGAGUCAGUUCCAUAGCUGUACCUACGAGUGAGAAUGGAAGGGAACGGUUACACAGCUGUUAUUGAAACCUCUGUUUCUAACCAAACUUUAGUGGACUGCGUUAGUCACCCCAGGUAGCUGUCUGUUCAGAGAUUACCUUUGGUUGUGCAUAGGGUCAAGGCACAAGGUGAAGUUCUAGGUUGCUGGGAAUUGGUCAAUAAUACAGUUUUAGCUGUUAAAAAAGAGCUCUUCCGUGAAUGAGCAAAGAUGCUGUGUGGUGGUAGUAGAAUCUGGUUUCUUUAAAUA